AUGACCUGUCACUCUAAGCUGCCGCCGGUGUGGCCCAGACGGCCGCAUCGCACUGACUCAGAGGGCGGUGAGCCCAAAUCUGCCGCGAAAUCGGAGGGCAAAAGAAUUAUUGAGUCACGCCGUCAGUUGUGCUUCAAGCAUCUUCCUGGCCAGUUGCAAUUGCUGGGUGAAACGCUGACUCUCGGUCCAGGGUUGCAGAAUGAAUUGAGUAGAGAACAGAACCUCCCCAAUUGA